AUGAUGUUGACCUUGAUGAGUAGCACUAACAAUAAUAAUAGUAACAGUGAUACAACAUUGGCACUAGGUUCCACAUUUAAUGAACAAACAUUUUAUCGUUCGUGUUUACUAGGUGAUUUAGAACGUGCACAAUGUAUUCUUCGUACAACAUCACAAAUAAAUAUUAAUCGUCAAAAUGAUGAAGGUCUUACACUACUUCAUCUUGGUUGUAUUAGUAAUUUUUAUGGUCUUGUUCAACUGUUACUCCAACAUCAUGCACAAAUUGACAUUCAAGAUGAAAAUGGUUGGACAUGUUUACAUUAUAUUGCUAUGAAAGGUCAUCGUGCACUCAUCAAACUUAUUUUAAAUAAGCCACCUUCCCGUUUACCAUUGAUGGAAUUAAGUUCAUCACCCGAAAAUAGUAUCAAUAUUAGUAAAAAUGAUUAUAUUAAUCUAUGUGAUAAACAAGGAAAAACAGCAUUAAUUCUAGCUUGUGAAUAUGGACAUUUAGAUUUAGCGGAAUUAUUAAUUGAAGAUUAUAAAGCUGAUGUAAAUAAAAAUAAUCCAUUACAUUAUGCAUCUAUUGAAGGAAAAUUAGAUGUAUGUCAAUUAUUAAUAAAAUAUGGAUCGAAUGUAAAACAUGUUUUAAUGCCCAAAGUUGUACAAGAAAUAUGUCAGAGGGGUCAUAUGCAAGUGUUACGUUUAUUGGUAAAUUCAAAAUAUAAAUUAUCUCCACCUUCUCGUGCAGAUGGUAAUAGUGUUCUUUAUCAUUCAAUUAUUACUCUCGAUAAAUCUGUUGUACAAGAACUUCUAGAACAUGAAGCACGAUUAAAUGAAAAAGAUGUUCAUGACCUUCUUGCACACGUUUCAACAUUAAUUGAUAGUAUUCAACAUUUAGAUCAAUAUUUUGAUUGUUUAACAUGUUUAUUUCAAUAUCGAACAAAUUUUGAUGAUUCAAAAAUUGCUAAAUAUUUUAUUAAACAAUUAGCUGAACAGAUUUCAUUGUAUACAUCCACCGCAUCAUCACUCGUCAUUAAACAUGCACUUAUUCGAUUAAAAUAUUUAUUUGCUCUAAGUUUAUAUGGUGCACAAAUACCAUUACGAAAAACAACGGCAAAAUGGUGUGCACAAAUUAUGUGUGAUACUCAACGACAAGUUAAUUUAUCAGAUGUAUUUAAACAGUUGACAUCAACGUGGUCAUUACGACAUAUUCUACGAAUAAAAAUAAAACGGUCGAUGAUAACGUUCAAUAGAAAUGAAUUGAAAAAAUUACAAUUACCGCAACAUUCACAGCGAUUUUUGGCUUUUGAUUAUUUAUAA